UUUCUGCGGGAAAAGACUGGGAGAAACGAAAGGCUAAGCACGAACGCAAACAGUCAAAGAGGUGGAGCGAGCGAGCUGCUCAGGAAUGGCGUCGGCCUCUCCUUCUCUCUUGCCCUGCCACCGUCACUGUCGUGGACGCCUCUCCCUCUCCUCCUCCUCCUCCUCCUCCUCGCGGCGCUUCCCUCCUCGCUUCGCCACCCGUCUCAGGUUAUUUGUCAGAGAGGGUUUGACAACACAAUCCGGUUCAGUACCAUCUGCCGACAAAACCAGGGGUCAGGCUUUCCGGGUAUUGGCAAGCCCUAAUAUGUCUUCAGGAAGAGAAAAUUCCAUAAAUGAUGUGAUCAUGGUAGAUCCUUUGGAAGCCAAGCGUUUAGCUGCUCAGCAAAUGCAACGACUUAAAGCAAAAGAGAAAUUUCAGAGAAGACGUCAAAUUGAAGCGAUAAAUGGAGCAUGGGCGAUGAUUGGUCUCACGGCAGGCUUGGUAGUUGAAGGUCAAACUGGAAAGGGUAUCUUGGGCCAGUUGGCUGGAUACUGGGAUGCUAUCGUUCGGUUUUUUGUGCAGUAGGCAUCUCCCUGGUGGAGCUAGGUGUACAUGAGAAGCUACAGAUUCAUUGUUAUUCUUUGAAAUUAAACUUCUUGUAUGUUCCAUUUUUUUCCCAUUUUGUCCUUUUUUUUUUUUGGUUGUCCUUCAGAUUACUUAAAAUCUUGCUGUUCAUCUAUAACGCUAAUGACAUUUUUCACUUCACCA